GAUAUCAUUGUGAAAUAAUUCUAUUGUAACGGGAAAAUGGAAAAACUGCUCUUUAUAUUGUUUGCCGCGCCAUGGCUAAUGUUUGCCAUUGCAGCAGACACUGUCAACGAUACUGAAUUGCUGACAAAUUCUACGGAUCCCAACAAAGAUAUGUACGUUAUACACGCCAUGGUGUAUCAAGUGGGCAUCCUUACCAACAAAACAGACAAUGAGACUACCAACCUGAAUACUACAGGUAACCAAGAGGCUGUGACAUUCUACCACACGAAUGGCUCUCAGGGACUGGAUCUGAGUAAGAUAUCUUCCCCUCUCCUGACUAACGUGACUGCUCAGAGUAUGGUGGGAGUGGCACCAAUGCCUGGUAACACUAAGAAUGGAGCUAACCAGUUGCCUUGGAGUACUCUGAACCAUCUGGCUAAUAUGUCACCACAGCAUGCUACAGCAGGUUCAGAACCAAUGAAACCAUCAAAGAGGUCGAUUAGAAGUAUCGACAUAAUAGAUUCAAAUGAAGACAGUCCGUUCGAUAAUUUGUAUAGAAGUUUAUUCAAGCGAGAUGUGUCUGGCGAGAAGACGCCGGUGUCUAUCCACAGCGGGUCGGCGGUCAUCCCACAGGGGGCGCAUGUUCAGUCCAUUGGCAUCCCCCCUCUACUGACGCUGAACAACAACAUGUCCAAUAUACCAGUGCCUAUACCCAAUACUUCUGUCGUACAUUAUUCUAAGAUUAACACGCUUGUCACCCAACCUUAAUAUACCAUUUACUGCUACAGACAUAACUUUAUUUGUCUUAAAUUCUAUGUUAAUAAUAUUCUAUAGCUCGUAA